CGCCCGGCAGGGCAGUCUCGCGAGGAGCCGCCAUCUCGGUGCUCGGCAGGCAUGGAGCAGCCGCUGGGCGGCCCGCCGGGGCUCUCUGCCAUCCUGGCGAAAACGGACUGGUCUGAGCCAUGGCUGGUGGGGCUGGCAGUUUUCCAUCUCCUCUGCUUCCUCCUGACGUGCAUCUCUUUCCAGCACUACCGGGUGCAAAUAGGGCAUUUCCUCUGCAUGGUGGGCUUAGUGUACUGUGCUGAGUAUAUAAAUGAAUUAGCAGCCAUGAAUUGGAGGCUAUUUUCGAAGUACCAAUACUUUGAUUCAAGAGGAAUGUUUAUUUCACUUGUAUUUUCAGCACCGUUACUGGUGAAUACUAUUAUAAUUGUGGUCACCUGGGUUUACAGAACUCUGACUGUUAUGACUGAACUGAAGACGCGACAGCAGAGAAUGAAAGCAGAAAAAGAGAAGAAGAAGUGAAAGUGCCUAAUACUUUUUUUUUUUUUUUAAAUUGAAAUAAGACUUGUCCAGGUAAUCAAUUCCUCUCUGUGUUUAUCCAGAAACAGCAAUUGUUUUGUGUCUGAUGUCAAGAGGACUGCAACCUGUGAUGGUGAACAAUGAGGUGAAAGGAGGUAUCUACAAUACACUUGAAUUGACUGUGAAGCUGGUCUUUAAAGGUCUUUGUGCCUUUCAGUGUCAAACAACUGAUAGUUUUCCACCAUGACCUAUGCUAUAAGUAUUGGUGAGAGACAGUCUUCCAGUCUUUUCCCCUUUGCCUGUGUGUCUUAUCUGUGUGUCAGUCAAAUAUCCAAUCUUGUGCUGCUUCAGCCAGUUGGAGCAGUGGUGUGAAUUCCAGUUAAUGAAGGGAUUGUAUUCAGAAUACCUCAGGAAUCUAUGCUUCUGUGAAGCAUUUCACUUCUUUAUAAUCAAGUUUCAUACUUCCUAUGUGUAUUGUGUGCCAGCAGUUUAUAAAUAA